CGGUGUUUCCGCUUACAUACAUUCAGUUGAGUUGCGUGUUUGUUCGCUGGUCGUGUUGUAAUACAGUACCUCUGCGUACACAGCGUAUUUAUUUCUUUCUUUUUAUUAAUAUUUUGUGUACCUGUGUGUGCAUUGAAUCCAUACCAAUAAAGUGAACUAUACAAAACUCACCUAUCUUGUCUCGAGAACGGCCAUUCCAUUCUCAGUUCAUUCAGUUACAUUUAAAGUGACUCGUCGACUCUCGGAAUAUUGUGUAGUGUGUUCAGUUGAUACAUACCAACUUUGAAAAAUAGACACGUUUUACAUUUUUAUCUUGGCUGGCUUUUUUGUGGAAUAUCAUAAACGAACUUAUUGUUUUAUUACCAUUUUUCCUUUGCAUUUUCGAUAGAAUUUUUCAAUCGAAUAUUGAACCAAGAAAAAACGUCUGUUUAGUUUGAACUCAUUUUUGGAAUCGAUAAAGUUUACGGUUGAAUCACAUUCUUUUUUGUUUUAAGUGGUAACGUUUUUUUUCCUGUUCUGUUAGCAUAGUCUGAUGACUAACUGGUGAUAUCAGUAUCCAUAUUGUAAAUUGAAGUGUUUGAGAGUUAAUACUGGAUGACUUUUGCUUAGUGAGUUCGCCGAUCUACUUCACCGAAAAAUGGAUAAAUUCUAAUCAAACGUCCUAUGGACUUUGUCAUUUGACCUGUAACUCAAUAAAGAAAAAUUCCACAAUUCAACAACAAACAACAAUAUAAUGGCUUAUCGUUCGAAUGGUUAUUCUGAAGAUGAGAGAGAUUCAAGAAGUGGUGAUGAUCGGCCGGGAAGCGAUCUUGGGGACAAACCCACCUAUUUGCUGGAACAUCUGGCCACAUUCACCGUCAACAAAGAAUCAGGCAUAGUUUACCCAGCCGAUGGUAUGCGAAGAUUGCUUCAGCUGGAAAAAACCACUGGAAUCUGGUCACAAAAAAUGCAGCUGUGCUUGGAUCGACAAUGGGUUCUGAUAAUGGACUAUGAAACCGGGAAUAUAAUUGAACGGUUUCCGGCAUCAUUAAUCCAAGAGCCAACGGCGUUCACAAGCAACAGUACGAUGGAAAUGUAUAACAAUAUCUUAGUCAUAAUUGUCGGCGGAUCUAGUUCAAGAUCUGAAAUGCAUAUUUUCCAGUGCCAAAGUAUAUCAGCUGUACAUCUAGUUGAAGACUUGAAACAAUUGAGAAGUGGUAAAAUCGUUACGCAGCAUCGAGAGUCACUUCCACCACCGCCGCCAGCAAAGCCAGCUCAACAAUCACGAGACAUUUACAACUACCACGAAACCGAUUCGGAAAUCGACGGUCUGAACGACGAAACCAGUUCCACUUCUAGUGAAAAAUAUGAACGGGACGUUACCGUGCUGAAUCACUGUUUCGAUGACAUUGAAAAAUUUAUCGCACGAUUGCAGCACGCUGCAGCCGCGUCCAGAGAAUUAGAACGUCGUCGUCGAAAUAGAAAAUCGAAAAAGAAGGAUCCCGGCGAGGGACUACUGACGAUGCGCACAAAACCUCCGCAUGAAAGAGAAUUUGUGGACAUCUUUUCCAAAUUUAAAUUGUCGUUCAAUUUGCUGGCAAAACUAAAAGCACACAUUCACGAUCCGAAUGCGCCUGAAUUGGUCCACUUCUUAUUCACGCCACUAGCCUUGAUUGUGGAUGCUUCACAUGACACGUACUAUGAUCCCAAUAUUCCAGCAAGGGUCAUCAAUCCUCUACUAACGCACCAGGCCAUAAACUUACUGAUUAAUUGUGUCACUAGCAAGGAACAUGAGCUCUGGAAAUCUCUCGGUGAUGCUUGGACGAUUCCACGUGAAGAAUGGAAAGGCCAUGUCGGAGCAUAUCAUCCGACAUUCUUCGAUGGAUGGUCGCCAGAUUUCUCUGUCAUGGAUGAACUCGAUCAUCCGUCAACGCCAACGAUAAAACGAAGAAUCGAACCACAUAUUCCACAUUUCAAUGGCAGCGGUGACUAUGACUAUGAUCACCACCCACCCGAUAAAUAUAAUUCGCCGAGCAGUCCAACUGGUGUAAGAGACUUCAGCACCCGAAGCGAAAUAUCUGUCGAUUCAAUUGAACGAGUUGAACGUGUUGAACGUGUUGGCCAUAGUAAUAGCGUUGUACCCAUUCCGAUAGCACCGAAUUCAAAUCAUGCAAGUCAUGCAAACCAUGCAAAUCACGAGCUUUCUCCGGCAGAUGAGAGGUGGAUCGGUGACGUUCAAGCCAGGGGUGGGAAAUUAGUACAAGUUACGUAUCCCAGAACAGCCAACAAUGAUAAAGAAUUGACAGUGGUUCGCGGUGAAUACCUUGAGAUUUUGGAUGAUACUCGAAAAUGGUGGAAGGCAAGAAAUAGUCGCGGUCAAUGUGCCCACGUUCCGCAUACAAUAGUGGCACCAUUUGCAUACACUGAUGCCGAGGACGACGAUGUCUUCAACAAUCCACUUUAUGCACAAAAUUACAACAAAAAUAAUUUCAAUCGUCAGUCGCACGUUGAUCCGGCGCCAGAUCGUUAUUCCAAUCAACCCGAUACAAAUGCAUCACCAUCAUCCCACUUACCACCGAAUGCUCAGGCUGAUUGGAUUCGUAACAAACAUACCGGCAGUGAUAUGGAAUCACUUCAUUCCGACGAGAAUAUAUCUGCAUCCCGUUUAUCGACAUUCAUCAAACAUAAUCAAAAUCGAAAUACAAUAAUCACAACUGCUCAACAGCAUCAACUUCCAAUAUCGGUAGCGCCACCACCACCGGUACCACCUCCGCCACCACCACCGAUUAUCGUUCCAGUUACACCGACAGCAACUCGUCCAUCAUCGCGGUCUAACACUAUGUCCCGUAAAUCGAUUGCAUCCGUAUCCGGUCAGGACGAAGUGAACGAAGAAUUGAAAAACGUUCUGACAUUAUUCCGGGAAAAACGUCGUGUUUUGGAUAUUGUAAAAACUCCCGAAAUAUUCAUUCAGCAAUCGUCGUCUGCAACCGAAGUGGAACAAUGGCUGAAGGCGAAAGGAUUUUCCGAUAGAGUCGUUAAGAAAAUGCACGGCCUCAAUGGUAACGAAUUGUUUGCAUUGAAACGGCACACAUUGGAAGAUUAUUGUGGUUCAGAGGAGGGUCGACGCUUGGCUUCACAGAUUACUAUUCAACGGAACAUUAGCGGGUACAAAACAGCGAGAUCAUCGGAACUUCAAGCUCUUCUAGCUAAGGCUCGUAAGAAGACCGAUGCAGAGGUGGAUGCGAAUGCUUAAGUCAGUAUAUUGUACCAAUCACAUAAAAUAAGUUAUCAAUUUUAUCAUAGAUAGUCAUCUAAGUUAAGCUCAAUUUGCACCACAGAGUUCUUUUUGUAAACCAUUCCAAAAGUAUUAUCCAAUUAAAAGUAAAAAAGAAAUGAAAAUUAUUUUGUUGACUAUUUGAUAGAGAGAUUGUUAUUAGGGUAAUAAGUGAAAUAAAACUAUUCCAAUGAUCAAUAAA